AAGGGUAGUGGAGGCAGGGACCCCUUGGACGUUUAAUUAUUUUUGUCAUCAUCCUGUGCAGAGAUGUUAGUGCAGCUGAGAAGAGAAAUGAAAACCAGAUCGUCUCCUCUGCUCCAUGUGCAUGUUGAUGAAACCACCCCUGUCCAUGUCCAUGUUAAAAAGAGCCCAAGGCCAGCAAAGAAAGUUCAACAAAAGUUGAAAGGAGCCUGGGAAUGUGGCAAUCUACGAGAAACCAGUAAGGUCAAACCCAAGGUCCCAUGGAUUCCACCAGGCAAAACAUCAGUAAGGGAUGUUGGCUACAAAUGGGAGGGCCCAACUCAUCGUUUAGAUAUAACUCCAGUUGACACUCAGAAGUUCCAUUCAACACUUCACUUGAGUGAUCUCUCCACAGAUGAUGAGGAAGCUAUACAUGAAAAGAUGAAUGAGUAUGAAGAGAAAAUUGAUUGUCUUAUGAAUCAAGUGGGAUCACUAAAAAAUGAAAUUGAACUGAGGAAGAAAAAUCACCUGCUGGAGCAGCGAAAGGAGGAAUUGAAUGCAUCCAAGCGAUUGAUUGAAGAGAAAGAAGAGGAAUUAGCAGAAGUCACCAAGGAGCUAGUUCUUACAGAGCACAAGAAUGAGCUACUUCAAAGAGACCUUGAAAUGAUGAAAGAGGAUCCAGAUAUUUUCUGCUUGGAGAAGAAACACUGGCGAAAAGAUAAGGGCACCCUGUUGAAAAUGAUGGUGGAGGCUGAAAUGGACGGGGCAGCUGCAGCCAAACAGGUUGCAGCCCUGCGCAGUGCCAUUAGUAAGUUACGCAUGGAGAAGCCAAUAGCUACAUCAGAAAGUAACUUGCUACAUCGGCAGAAGGAAUUGCUAUUGCAGAAACUGGAAACUUUUGAUGCGACAAAUCGAGUGGUUCGGCAGUUACUGAAGGAGCAGCACUCUCAGGAGACUGAUGCCUUGAGACUGUUUGAGCAAAAGGAAGCACUUCUUGAAAAACUGGCUCAGUCAGAAGCAGAAAAUGCACGCUUGUCCAUGAAACUGCAGGAAGUUGAAAAUCAGAUCGACCAGCUCCAUGUUCAGUAUCGAACAGAAAAGGAUAAUGCUCGUGCAGCAACAGAGUUCUCCAAAUCACUUGAAACCACAAGAGCCCACCUACAAGGACAGCUUCGCAGCAAAGAAGCAGAUAACAAUCGGAUGCUUGUUCAGAUCCGGAAUUUUGAGCGUACCAUUUCACAACAGAAGGGGGAGUUGGACUACCUGACAGAGCAACUAAGGCAAUUUCAAAAGAAAAGGGACAGGGACAAAGAGGCCUUGAAGAAAGCAACUAGGGCUCAAAAGCAGCGAGCAGAACGCAGUGAGGAUGCAGUUGAGCUACUCAAUGCCCAGCUAAUUGACAAGGAGUCGCAGCUGGCAGACGCAUUGUCAGCGGUCGAGACAUGGAGAAGUUCACAUAACAAGGUGAUGAAAGAAAAGAGUCAGUUGGAAGUUGAGAUCUCACUCUUGAACAACCGUAUUACAGAUCUGUUGGAUCAGACUCACCAUGUGGAGGAUAAGGCUCGGGGAGACAUGGAGUCAAUGAUGAACAAGCUGCAGAAGAUGUCCUCUGAGAACACCAGUGUCAAAAUGGAGAAUGAGACAAUGAAGGCAAAUAUGUCAGCUGUGGAGGAGAAGUUGACACUUGCUCAGUCUGAGAUGCAGCAGUUGAAGACCUCUAUCAAACGUUAUGAAGGGCUUGUGGACAGCUACAAAUCUCAGUUGAUGAAGACACGGAUGGAGGCAGAUGAAUGUAAUGCAAAACUGGAGAGGGCAGAGAAGGAGAACAAGCUAUUGAAAGAUGAUGUGAAUAAGGAAAUUGAUCAGGUCCGGAAACAGAUGCAGAAAAAGCUGACUGAUUUGGAGCCUGUUCCUGAGUUGUUGAAGUUAACUGAGCACAAGCUUCAGGAUUGCCAACAGCAGCUCGCAAUAUAUGAGAGAAAAAAUGUAGAUCAAUCAUCUAUCAUUUGUAAUCUCAAGAUGGAGAUUGAGGAGCAGAGUAGCAAGACAAGAGAGAAGUGCCAACAUUUACAAGAAGAAAAUUAUAAUCUGAAGCUGAAGUUGGAGACUUUGGAAAGGAGGAACAACAGGAACCUGUUAGAACAAAGCGAUUCUCAGUUCUCCAAAGAUGGAUUAAACUUGAAAGGCAAAUUGUGAAAGCAGAAGUGGACCGUAAACUAAAUUUAAAACCUUUUGACUGAGGAUUUAUACACUAUGAUGUAUAUAGGUCAUGUAUUCAUCAAAGCUUUCAUACCUACAUCCAGUUAACUCUAUCAUUUUAUUGAAAUAAAAACUCAAGUGCAGAUUCAAAACCCACCAACAAAAAAGUAGUCUUUUUAAUUAAAUGUUUUAAAAAAACAAAAUAGUUGUGCAAGUCCUGCGAUCGACUACAGAUUAUUUUUGUCAAUUUUAACAACAUGACAUAACACAUAUAAGUUACAACUGUCUACUAAUGAAAAUGCCAGAAUCUCUUAAAGUUAAGGACUUAGGUUUUUGGGAAAGUGAAUCUUUUCAAACCCAUCAAUCCAGUGGUAACAUUAUGCCUCUUAAGAUUCCCAUCUAAUAAACUACAUUGUUCCAAUACCAGACUGAACUGAGCUCCACCCAAAAUCUGACUUUGAAAAGACCAAGCAAGUUCUUUUUAGCAGUUUGCUUAAAGGAUCAGACUGGGUUACAUACAAUUAAAUAAUCUAAUUAAAUUUUUCUUAGUGGCAUUCUCCAUCCCUUGAUAAAACAAUAUAUCCUUUGUAAUGAGCCACCCUCCAGUUUAGAGGAUAUAUUUCAAAAUCAUUUAAGUUCUGAACUUGUUUUUGUAUUUGGCAGGAUUCAUUACAAAACUAGUUACAAUCUCUUGAGGAUUGCCAAAGCAUUUUUCUCACCAAAGUAGGUAAGCUGAUAGCAAACAGGUCAGAGCAAUUCACAUAAAUUAAACCAGGAACUGUAGAUGCUGGAAAUCUGAAACAAAAAUUGCUGGAAAACUCAGCAGGCCUGGCAGCAUCAGCAGAAAGGAAGCAAAGUUAAUGUUAAUUCACAUGCCUUGUCCAGGGCUCGUCACAAAGUGGUCAAAUAUGGCAGCCAUUUGCACAUGGCAAUACCCCGUAAGAAAUGCUGAGAUUAAUGUUUAGUUCAUUUAUUUCUGGUAGUGUUGGUUGCAGGAGAAAUAUUGGCCAGGGCACUGGAAGACCUUUUUUAUCAUGGAAUUUUGCUGUGAGAGAUUAUUAAUCUCUUAAAACACCAAAACAAGCACACUGGCAUUAGUUCCAACUUUACAUCCAAAGGACACUGGUGCCUCAGUACUGCGUUACAAUAUUGACCGGAUAAAGUCUUUAAGUCCUGUAUGUGACUGUGUUAACCAAAAUUGAAUUGUGUUGCUUGAUAUAUAAGGUGUUCUCAUGUGAUGGAAGACCUACAUAUUUUUUAGAAGAUUUGAGGAUAUUGGACACUGAAAAAAUGUUGAUCAUCCU